AUGUCAUCAGAAGCGGCCAAAAGAGCCAAGAUCGCUCCCGUUCUGCCGCCGGCCGAGACAUGGACCACGACGCCCUCUGAGCCCUUUGUAACAGACGUCGAGGUGCGUGCUACGUUGCCGGGUAUUUUGGGCAGCCUCAAGAUCCUCAAGACCAGUGCCAUCUCCUGCCUUGCCAACAUCCCGCCUGCGAAGAUCACUCCGGAUGCAAGCAGCGCUAGCGCUGGGUCCGACAAGGACAAGGACAAGGAGAAGAAGGUACCGAGCCCGGCCGGCGUCACGGGAUACAAAGAAGUUUGGAGCACUGCCAGCACUAACAUGCUCUUGCAGCAGCCUGUGUUCUGUCUUAGUCUGCAACGGCAAGUGACCCAUGGCAAGCAGGCGGGCUUGCUCUGGCUCACGCUCCAGAAGACCCUGGACCAGGUUCCGGCAGACAAGCCCACCUUGCAGGAGAUCAUGACUGCGUCCGAGCAGCUCAUGUCUGCGGGCCCUGAUGUUGCCGGGGCAAAGUCCGAGCGCAUCAUCUUUCCCUGCACCGUUCUUGCGUGGGCACAGAAUGUCCCGCAAGACGCUUUCCCGACCGAGAUGCUGAUUGUGGGGAACAAAGGCCUCGUGGCCGCUUGGUGGGUGCAGAUGUAUCAGGCCAUGGGCAGGACCGACAAGGAGAUGAUCACGAAGUUGUUGGAGUGCGCGCUGACCACGACAAUUACGCUGUUCUCUGACCCGAUGUUUGCCGCGGCCCGAAGCUUCAAGGUGUCCGAGGACCUUCGCGCAGUGUCGAAGCUGACCGACUCCUUCGUCGUCUUCGUCAAGAAGCUUUACAAGGUUCUGCCGGGGCUCAGGGACUUGAGCUUGACGAAGCAAGUGGAGGAGGUCAACAAGCUGCAGCAGAAGCAUAGCAAGUUCACCUACGGCGGCUGCAAGCUCGACAGCAAGUUGCUCUCGGCCGCAGUAGCCGUGGACAAGCACUUGGGCCGAGACGCCCAGAACUUGCUGGACCGAGUCACCGCCUCCUUCGGCCCGAUAUUCUCCCACCACCCGGCCCGAUUGAAGGCCAUGUGCCGCUAUGGGGAGGAGAUUUGCGCCUUCGCCUUCGGCUCGUCCUACAGCCUGCUGAGACGCAAAAUCCACACGACGGCCUCCUACACCGACGAGCUGGCGGAGGAGUGGGCCGGUGUCCAGAAGAUGGUCUUCGAGGUCGUGAAGGCCGUGGCUGCCGUUGUGGACAUGGUCCCGACGAACGUGCAGGCCCAGUUCUGCGACUUCCGGAAGGCCCUGGACUACUUCAAAAGGCCCGAGGACUAG